UAUGCUGCUUAGAGGAAUUGAGCUGGACGCCCGUGCCGUCGUGUGACCUGCUUUUUCUUAAGAAACAUAGGUCACCUUUAAGAUAAGAAUUUAUAACAACAAUCGUUACAACAAUCGAUCUGUACUACAGUUUGUUAAGAUGGAUUGAAACCGACAGAAUAAGGAUGGGCAGAGGUCGCCAUAUGUCCACAUGGACAAACAACGUUGGACUGUGUUCUCUGAUUUUUGUGCUCCUGGUCCUGCAGUCUCAUGCUGUAAGGGGGGUGGACUCUGCAGGGCCUUGGCCAAGCCAGUCCCCAGCCAGCCCCACCAACAGCAGCCAUGAGGUCAAAUGUCAGUUAGAUGAGUACCUACACUCCAGCAAACAGUUCUGCUGUAACAAGUGUAAUCCAGGCUUCAAACUGGACAAGGAGUGUGAUGGUCCAGGCAAGGCUACCAGAUGCCAACAGUGUAUAGAUGGAUAUUCAUACAUACAUACAGCUAACUCCAGUCCCAAUUGCUUCAAAUGCAACAGAUGUAAAGACAAUGAAGUGGAAAUCACCAAAUGUGACUACAAGACAAACAGAAUCUGUGAAUGCAAGGAAGGCUACUACAAAAAGAGUAUUACCAAACUAGACCAUCAGUGCGUUAGGUGCACGACAUGUGGUGAUGGAGAGAGAGAAAUAAAAGCAUGUAAACCAGAGCAGAACAGAGUAUGUGAUUGUAAAUACCUCCAUCCUCGUGAGAAUUCAUCAACAACCUGUACAUUUCAGUGUAGCAAGAUUUCCGACUUAUGUCACCAAUGUGGCCAACGGGAGAAAUGUCCUGGUCCUGGCAAUCAAGACUGGUCUCUGAUAGUGGCAGUUCCAUUCACUAUCAUGGCAACUGCUCUGCUAACAGCUCUAGGUAUGUUGAGCUACAAGGCCAUCAAACACAGACUGAUGCGGGAGAAACUCCAAGGAAAAUCUCCAGCUACCUCAGAACCUCCUGGCUCCCCUUGUGAGUCACUCGAUUCCACAGAGUCUCUCCUCAUAGUGACCACCCCAGAGAGCCACAUUAGGAAUGACCACAAUGAGGGUGUUCCCUUCUCAAUUCAAGUGCCCAAUGAAACGCAGACUGCAUUACCUGACUGUGUACCACAAGAGAUUAAUACCAGCAAAUUCAUCUACUCAAUUCUGGAGGAGGUCCCUGUGGCGCGUGUCACAGAGCUGGUCCGUCUGCUUGGCGUGAAAGACCAGGACAUCGAGAGGGCAAGACGGGACAACCCUUUGUCCUGCAAAGACGCCCACUACGACAUGCUGAAGCGGUGGGCGGACAGUGGGACGCGACGCCGCACCACCACACUUCCCUGGCCACUACUGCUGCAGCUGCUGGCUACACUGAGAGAUAUGGGACUCGGAGGCUGCGCAGAAAGCCUGGAGGUCGAAUACGACCUAGAUUUGGCAUGACACACACACUCACACAGAGAAAACAUUGGCACACACACGCAAGUGUCAUGGCCAUUCAAACUUGAGUUUUAACACACUGAGAAACAUGUGUGGACAAAGCCCGAAGAUCGAAUAUGACCUAGAACAAGCAUGAACACCCACUCACACACACACACACACACACACACACACACACACACACUGGCACACACACUCAGGUGCAUGUGUCGGAGCGCAUUCAAACUUUUCACCCACUGAGAGACAAGGUUACUCAGAGGGUGUGGACAAAGGCUGUGAGACCAAGUAGAGGAACACCAAACCUCAACGGACCCACAAGCUGUAUUCCAUGGAAUGCUGAUUCAUAGGACCAAGCAGGGGCCAGAUUUAUUGUCUGUCAUAGGGCCCUUAUUUUUCUAGCAAGUGUGCCUGGGACCAAGCCUUUAGUCUUUUCAGGGAACAUGUAAUAGACUUCAGUGAAUGGCAUGUAGAGAGUGUAUGUCAUUUGAAUGUGUAUAUGUGUGUGUGCUAAGAAGAUUAUUUGAGGCAUAGAUUGAGGUGUUUCUGUGUGAAGGGAAGGCGGUUCACCUCCAGACUAGCUGUCAGACAGUAACACAACACAGACAACAUGAAUGGACACUGUUCCCAGAUCAGUCCCAUUAACACAAGACAGCAAUAUUUUGUGUAGAUGGUCUCUGUAAAUCUUCAUUUAUAAGAACUCUGGCAUUAAUAGAUACUUAAGCCUGGCGUUUAAUGGCAAUCUGAAAUGAUGAACUAUUUUUAUGAUGCUAUUUAGCAUUAUUCAGAUUCACAUGAAUAAAAGUGCAGUAAAUCCAAUCUUAAUCAUCAUUAUUUACUAACAGAAACAGUCAGCGCUUUGCUGUGAUGAUAAUUGUUGGCCUUGGCAUAGUACAGUGUUUCAUCUGUACUAGUAAAUGAAUAAGCUCAACAACACUAAUGUUUGUGUUCCUGAAUUCUGUCACAUGUACAGCAUGUACACUGAAAAAAACACAUGUUUAAUAUGCUUAUUUUUAUCUAGUGUAACUAGUGGCCGUAAGUAUACAAAUCAGUAGGUAUAAAAAUAAGAAUACAUGUAACAUGUAAUUUUUGUCAGUGAGGGACAGGAACAAUCAACCAGCUAGUUAGACAACUUUCUCUGCACUUUUGGCUUACAUUGCUGAAGGGGAGGUGCUAUAUUCAUUUGUCAAAUGUUUGUUAUCCCAGUGGAGGGGAAAAGAUAUUAAGCAUUAUCACAUCUGUCAUCUGUUUCUGUUACUAAUGAGGAGUCUGUUUAAGCAAAGAAACUCGUUAUUUUAUUAUUGAAUACUUGUAAAUAUAUUAUAAUGGUGCAGAUACUGUGUGAUGUAUUAGUAGAAGUCGUAAACAGAUUAUUGAGCUGAUUUGAUGCAGGAUGGAAUUUGUAAAAUAUACAAUAUAAUAUGUCUCUAUUCAUUUUUCAGCCAGAAGUAAGACGGAACUACUGGCUUGGUAUAAUAUGCCCCUCAGAUCCAUAAAUAAAAUAUGCAAAUAGAAAUAUACAGAAAAAAGGUAUUUAUUCAUGCGUCAGAUUACAGUAAAGGUUUCAUAACGGUAUACCGUAUUGCCAUAUUGAAAUUCUUACACGCUCGUAUUUAUUCAAAUGUCCACUUCACAGAAUUAAACUAUAUUGUUUAAAUUA